AUGAAGCCUGUUGCUCUUUUCGCUUUGCUUGCGCCCCUGGGGGCCAAUGCCCACUACAUCUUCAACCGCCUCAUCGUCAACGGUGCGGCUAUCGGUGGCGACUAUGCUUACACCCGUAAGAACACCAACUCCUACAUGCCGUCGUUCCCCAACGAGGUCAUCAACUCUCCCGACCUGAGGUGCAACAAGGGCGCCAAAGCCGGAGGCGUUCCCACCUACAACGUCAAGGCUGGUGACAAGCUCGGCUUCAAGCUCUUCAACAACGAGAAGAUUGAGCACCCUGGUCCAGGCUUCGUCUACAUCUCCAAGGCACCUGGCAAGGUUGCUGAUUACGACGGCUCCGGUGACUGGAUCAAGGUCAUGGAGAGCGGCCUCAUCAACCCCAGCCAGCCCGGCGUGGACACUGCUUGGGACAGCUGGCAGAAGGAUCGCCUCGAGUGGACCGUUCAGCAGAACAUUCCUGCUGGUGAGUACCUCGUCCGUGUCGAGCACAUCGCCAUCCACGAGGGCCACGUCGGCAAGGCUCAGUUCUACAUGGAGUGCUUCCAGCUCAACAUUGCGUCCUCCGGCAAGGGCAACCUUUCCCCCACGGUCAAGAUUCCUGGUGUCUACAGUGCUCAGGACCCCGGUAUCGCGUUCAACAAGUGGAACAACCCCAAGUCGUACACGAUGCCCGGCCCCAAGAUGUGGAACGGACAGUAA